AUGAUUGCCACAACCCAGCAACCAGCUCAGCCCGAUCUGCUCCUCUUCGUAAAUCUUCUCCUGACCAUGGCCAUCGCAUAUCUCUGUACCAGGCCGCCAACAUCUCGAAGACGGGGAUGUAUGGGUCCCUCAGAUCGAGCUGGCGCUGUGAGGAUUCUGGACUUAGAGGUCUUGUGCGAUGCGAAUGACCAGGGAAGUAUCGAGAGCGAAUGGCUGAUCGAGGUAGGCCUUGGCGGCGAGAUGGACUUGCCAGGGUUUGGUCCUUCCUGCUCUGAACAGGACUUGCACUUCGAUCCGAUCUCCAAGCUCGACUUCACCUCCUCCUCUCCAUCACAUCCGCCCGCCAUGCCGUCCCGCAAAAGCGACUCGAGCGAGACCAAGGCCGAGUCGCGGCGCUCUUCUCUCCGCCGGCUCAGCUCCAUCGCCUCGUUCCACACCCUCAACCCCUUCACCCGCCGCCGCUCCAACAACAACGUCACCGGCAUCUCCUCCUCCACCAGCAACGCCUCCCUCUCCAGCAGCACCCUCGCCCAUCCCCCCGACAAUGCCAAGGACAAGGACAAGGACUUCAACUCGUCCCAGAUCUUCACCGAGCACGACAACAUCCAGGCCGUCCCUCCGCCACCCACGCAAACACAAGUGCAGUACCCAUCCCGAAGAAGCAGCUACAUCUGCCUGCCUGACGACCCCAUCGGAGGCAUGCCGCGCAGCAGGACCUUCAGCAACUUGCCGCUCCUGACUCGAGCCAAGAAGUCAAACAACCCCUUGGUGCAGUCCAAAUCGCAUGCGCGACUUCCUUCUUCCCUACUCUCGGCGAGUCGGCUGCCAUCUCCCUCCGCAUCCACCAGGAAGCAUUCCUCCACCACACGCUUGGCAGCAGUCGAGAACCUGCCCAGGGGCAAGAAAUUGAGUCGAUCGGAUACAGAGCCGCUGCUGCAUGCCGCCUACGAGCAGAGCCCCGGAUAUCACCGAUCCACGGCCUUCAAGGAGAACAUCUCACUCAGCCCCAUCAAGCCCCUUUCCAGCAUGGACAUGCUCGACAGCGACAGCUUCUACUCGUCGAGUCCACCUUCACGCACAUACCAAAGCCGCCAUGCCCGCUCUCAGUCUCGUGAGGUCUUGCAGCAAUUGAGCAGUUCGGCCAACACUCUUUCCGGCUCCACUCUAUCCCUCUCCAAGUACGAGCAACUUCCAGCUGGAGCCUACAAGCGCCUUUCACAGAAGUAUGAGAGCAGUCCAGAAUAUCGCAGUUCGAGGGACCGAGCACCCACGCCAGGCAAGCCCGUCCAGAGGUGGAAUUCGCAGCCCGUCCUGACCAACAAGAGCAAUCGCAUCUCACCGCAUGGCGAGAUCAAGCAGACGAGGUUGAUGUCCGCGAAGCAGGCACCCACACCACCACCACCACCCAAGACACCUUUGAGAGAUAUAAUACUCGAGCAGCCAAAGUCGAAGACGGAUGAGAACCAGCCCGGCCAUGUUCGUCAAGUCUCUGAGCAGACACCCAUUGCGCAGUCUCAACCAGUGCAAUCCAGAUCCAGAGCCCAGACCCUCGAGCCGACAGCGGGAUCGGUCUACCGCGCCGAGCCCCUUGCAUACUGGACCGGCCGAUUCUCCUCCCUCAACGACCGAUACCGCAACCAAGACCUGCUCGCCUCAAUCAACCUCGGGCCCGAAUCCCCUUCCAACCAAUCGUCACCCUUCGCUCACACAAGCGACAAGUCCAAAUCCGAGACGGACAAGAUGCACACACCUGCCGCCAACACCGCCCGCAUGCGCCGCGCCGUCGAACGUCUGUACUUCCAAUGCGCGAAUGACGAAGCCCGUGAGAGUUUCUUGAAAUGGCAGAAGCAGCUGGCGGUUGCGCUGAGUCUGCCGGAGUUGGCGAGGCCGGUAGUUGGAAAGAGCUGCGCGUUGGAGAUGAGCCUCAGGGAAGGCGGUCAGCAGGGUAAUGGGUCCUCGCCGGGGAUGCCGCUGAGUGCCGGACGGAAGAUCAGCUUCAUGGAUCGGUUGCUGGGACGGAGACAGAAGAGCUUGGUGUCGUCGGGUGGGUGA